AUGGGAUCAGGAGCGCCGCCCCCGCUGCUGCUGCUGCUCCUGGCGCUCUCCGUGCUCCGUCCCAUAACCGGGACGCUCCGGCCGCCGCUGCUGCUGCUGGAGGCGCCGGGCCCGGCCGGGAUCCGCCUGCGGUGCCGGGCGGAGCCGCCGGAGCCGAACCUGCGCCUGCUCUGGGGCUCCGGGGCCGCCCGGGACCUCCCGGGGGCUGCGGAGAAUCCCGGCGAUCCCGAACAUUCCCCACAUUCGGAAAAUGCCCAAAACGCCGGGAUCUCGCUGCUGCUCCGGCCGGGCUCCGGCACCGCCGGCGCCGUUUGCCGGGCCCUGGGAGCGGAACCGGGAGCGGCCGCCGAGUCCGCCGUGGUCAUCGCCGAUGUUUUCUUCCCGUCGCCGUCGCCGUGGCUCCCGGCCUUCGUCCUGCUCCUCAUCCUCGCGCUGUGCCUGGCGCUGGCCGCGGCUGCCCGCCUGCGCCGAGACCGCCGGAUUCUGGCUCAGGAGCGGAAAUCCCAGCAGGAAAUCAGCGAGGGUGAGCUCAGCUCUGCAAUUCCCCAAAUCCCCAAAAUUCCCAAAGUUCCAGCCCCAAAAUCCCCAAAUUCCCAGGAAUUCCCAAAAUUUCCUGCUCUUAAAUCCCAAAUAUUCCCCAAAUUUCAGCAGCUCCAGGCCCAGCUCGAUUUCCGACGGGCCCAGAGCCACGCGGUCUCGCUGACGCUGGACGAGAGCUGCACCCACCCGGCCCUGCUGAUCUGGGGCCGAUCCUGGAUCUGCCCCAAUCCCGGAUCCCAAAUUCCCGGCCCCGAUCCCGGAUCCCAAAUCCCCGGCCCCGAUCCCGGAUCCCAGCCCCACCUGGGGGCCCUGGCCGUGGCUUGGGAGGGAUUUUCCCAUGGGAAGCACUACUGGGAAGUGGAGCUGGGAGACGGCAGCGACUGGGAGCUGGGCGUGCUCCGGGAGGAGAUCCGGGAUUCCAUCCGGGAUUCGGCCCCAUCCCUGGCCCCAUCCCUGGCCCCAUCCCUGGCGUAUUCCCGGGGCGAGUUCCGGCUGCAGGGCGGGCGGCUGCAGCGGAGCCCGGGGCGCUGCCGCGUGCUCGGGGUGCUGCUGGACCUCGAGCGGCGCCAGCUCCGGUUCUUCGACGCCGAGGAGCAGCAGCUCCUGGGAUCUGUGCCGCUGGAAACCCCCGGGAUUCUGUUCCCAUUCUUCAGGCUGGGAUCGGGCGGGAGUGGGCUGGGGAUCCGCCCCGUCAGGGCUUGAAACAGACCUGGGGAAUAUUUGGGUGUAAAAAAUUAUGUUUUCAGGUGUAUUUUCAAAUUAUUCUCAUUUUAAAAUUCCAAU